CGAAAUCAAUUCCUUCCACCACCUUCGACAUUCCUUAUAACCACUUAUAACUAUGGCUGAAGAGACAAAAAACAACGAUCUUGGACUUGCAGAGUCGAUGGCCAACACCGCCUUGUUCGAUAAGAAGGAGCACAACGCUACAGACGCUCCUGCGGACGGACCUUUGUUCCAGGAUAUCGAUGGAGAUCAGCAAGUGACCGAAAUUGAGUCCUUGUGCAUGAACUGCCACGAAAACGGAAUGACUCGUCUUUUGCUGACUCGUGUUCCUCACUUCCGCGAGGUCAUCAUUAUGGCAUUUGACUGCCCCCACUGUGGAUACAGGUCUAACGAGCUGCAGCAAGCCAAUGCUAUUGCCGUCGGAGGCGCUAUCUAUACUUGUCAUGUCACAACCAGAUCAGACCUCAACCGUCAAUUGGUCAAGACCGACACUGCCAUUGUGAAGAUCCCCGAAAUCGAUUUUGAGAUCCCAGCUCAGCGCGGACAUUUGACCACGAUCGAGGGACUCUUGCAAACCGUCGUAGAUGAUUUGGAGAGCGGCCAGCCCGUGCGCAAGCACAUAGACGAGGCGUUAUACCACAAGAUUAACGACAUCAUAGAAAAACUCCAGGACUGCAUCAAUAACAAGAUCCCCUUCACCAUCAUCCUGGAUGACCCCGCUGGAAACUCCUACAUUGAAUCAUUGGACGCACCCAAGUUGGACUCCAAACUCGAACUCUCUGUCUACAUGAGAACCCGUGCUCAGGAACGGGCCAUGGGUCUCUCAGUACCUGACGAUGACGAGGAAGAGACAAAGCCUGAGACUGCCUCCGUGCCCAUGCCUCAUGAUCAGCAGCUCGAGCAUGCUCAAAAGCAGCUUUGGGAGGCCGGUUUGACGGAGACUGAUCUGGAGAAGGAGCGGGAAUCCAACCGCCAGACUGCAAUCGCUGAAGGCAAGGACCCCAAGGAGGCUGAGAUUGACGAGCUGCCCGAGGUUCUGUCCUUCCCAGCCAACUGCUCAUCUUGCAAUGCUCCCAGCGACACUAAGAUGCACAUUUUGGACAUUCCUCAUUUCAAGGAGGUUAUUAUCAUGUCGACGACUUGCGACGAGUGCGGAUACAAGAGCAACGAAGUCAAGGCUGGAGGGCCUGUCAGCGAAUACGGAAAGCGCAUCAUCUUGAAGAUCGAGGACGCUGAGGACAUGAGCCGAGAUAUUCUCAAGUCCGAGACGUGCGGAUUGUCCAUUCCAGAGAUCGAUUUGGAGUUGAACUCGGGUACUUUGGGCGGUCGCUUCACCACAGUCGAGGGAUUGUUGAGACAGGUCCACGAUGAGCUUUCCAGCAAGGUUCCAAAUGAAUCUGAGGAUGAACCACAGCGUCGUCGUAUCUUUACAAAAUUCUUGGAUAACCUUGAGAAGGUCAUGUCAUUGGAGAUCAAGAGCACUUUGAUUUUAGAUGACCCUCUGGGUAACUCAUACCUUCAGAACCUGUAUGCCCCUGAGCCCGAUCCAGCUAUGACGAUCGAGGAGUACAAGCGUACCUUUGAGCAGAACGAGGCAUUGGGCUUAAACGAUAUACGCUUGGAGGGCUACGAAGACCAUCACUCUGAAGCCGAGCAUGACCACUCUGAAGACAAAUAUCAUGAGGAGGAGAAGGAAAUGACUGAAGAGCAAAAGGAGGCGGAUGAGAUCUCGGGAACUGGCGUUUCUGGAGGCCACUAGUGCAAGUGCAAAAGGCCCACGACAAAGCAGAUCUUGGCCCUAGUUGACAAAAUAAAUACACCAAAUCAAAUAUUCAAUAAAAAUAAAUGUAUAUUGGCAUUCAGAGCGAACGCAGUUAUAAAG